UGCUUUCCGAACACUCACUCUUUUCAACUGAAGUGUACUGCAAACCGGUUUUGGUUUCCUUUUUUUAUAUUCUAUUUAAAACGCCUUAGCACUGCAUGUUUAAAAAGUUUGGUUAGCCGACGAUUGAUGAUUUAGCACUGCAGCGAAAUUUAGUUCUAAUUUCUUCAUGGACGUUCGUGUCUAUAGAAUAUACGACAAUGCUAUAUGAAAGUUCACAGGCGUUAAUAAUCACUAUCAAGUGUCCUAUUGUUUCAGUUGACUGCCAUCUGUAUUAUAAUACUAUCUAGGUCAUUCAGAACCCUUUCCAGGCUAUAAGAGGAAAGCUGAACCUUAUUUGCAAAAAGACGCCUUAACAUAAUAAUGUAUCGAAUUUUAUAUUUACGUGUUAGCUCGGGUACAUUUUAACGUCCAUAAAAAGUUAUCUUCUCACGAAGCAUGAUUUCCAUAUAAAUUCAUUGGACAUUAACGACACUCCAUUUCGUGUAUUAUCUUCCAUCAGGCACGAAGUUCGUAACAUGUUGCUUUCCUUUAUAUUACUAAUUCCUACUUUAAAUUCUAUCGAUGGCGCUAAGAUAUUGGGAGUAUUCCCAACGCCUUCCAUCAGCCACCAGCUGGCCUUAAGACCCUUGGUGCAGGAGUUAGCGAGACGAGGACAUGAAGUCACAGUUAUCACACCAAACCCGGCUUUUCCGAAAGGACAAGCGCCAAAGAAUUUAAGAGAAAUUGACGUUCACAAUAUAUCAUACGAUCGGCGAGAGGAAUAUAUUGAACCAUUCAGUACUGGAGAUUUGAAAGAUGUUAUAAGAGUUAUGAAAGCGGCAGUAGAAUUCUUUAAAACAAUAAUUGAGCUGCAAUUGUCAGUCCCGGAGGUGCAAGCAUUAAUUAACAACAAGAACGAAACGUUUGAUCUGAUACUGUUGGAACAUUGUAUUCGUUCAGGUUUGAUUUUCUCACACUUAUACAAAGCUCCUGUGAUUUAUGUGAGUUCAUUUGGAUCGAUGAUGUCAACUUUUGAUAUAGUAGGCGCACCGACACACCCAAUUCUAUACGGAUCGAUGAUCCGUUAUAAAUUAGUCAAUUUGACCAUAUGGGAUAGACUUAGUGAAUUGUACAUAUAUUAUUAUUAUAAUGAUAUGUAUGAACGCCAUGCGGCAAAAGAAAAUGCUAUGCUCAGAAGAAUGUUUGGAGAAGACACGCCGGGUGUAGAAGAGUUGUCGAAAAAUGUGGUGAUGGUGUUUCUGAAUGUGCAUCCGAUUUGGGAGGACAACCGGCCGGUGCCGCCAAAUGUUAUUUUCAUGGGUGGAGUACAUCAGACACCAGAGAAGAAACUUCCUCAGGAUCUCCAAAAGUAUCUCGACUCAUCUAAACAUGGCGUAAUAUACUUCAGCAUGGGAACAAACGUGGUACCAUCAGCAUUACCACCAGAAAGAAUACAGAUCUUUCUGAAGGUGUUUUCAAAACUGCCUUACGACGUCUUGUGGAAGUUCAACAAAGACGAUUUGCCUGGACAACCUGCUAACGUGAAAUUAAAAAAAUGGCUGCCGCAGGCUGAUUUGUUGAGGCAUCCAAAGAUCAAGGUGUUCAUAACCCAAGGAGGUCUCCAAUCAACUGACGAAGCCAUCACAGCCGGAGUUCCAUUGCUCGGGAUACCAAUGUUGGCAGACCAGUGGUUCAACGUGGAGCGAUAUGUCCAACUCAAAAUAGGCGUGAGACUGGAUUUCAAAGACAUUUCAGAAGACUCUUUAAAGAAUGCUAUUCUUUCGCUGAUAGAAGAUAAAAGCUACCGUGAAAACAUAGAGAAGCUCCGAGAAGUACUAGCAGACCAGCCUCAACGCCCCGUAGAGCGAGCUGCCUGGUGGACGGAGCAUGUACUAAGGCACGGGGCGGAGCACCUUAAGUCCCCGGCGGCCAACAUGUCCUGGACGCAGUACUACGAGAUACAGCUGGUCUCACUACUGCUCGCUGGCUUAGUAACAGCUGUAUCUAUAGUCAUCUUCAUUGUGUAUAUUUUGUGGAAAUUUAUUAAUGUUACUCCUGUUAAGGUUAAAAAGUGUUAGGUGCCGAAAUUAGUACGGUAAAAUGGAGUUAAUAAAGAUGUUAUUGUAUAGAAAAAUAGCAAAUUUUUAAGCAAAUGGAUCGAAUAUUUCUAUAAAGUAUCAU